UUGCAGUUUUCAUCCCGAGUCCAGAAUGCGGAGUUCCGAUCUGUUGGGACUGCGGGAGUAUAUGAGUUUUUGUUCUUCCCCUUGUUGAGUUGAGAGACUUUUGAUCAUUAUACGCUUCGCUGUAGCCAUUCCUUCUGUACGGCACGUUCACUUUAUUGUUUCUUCUUUUCAUUGUAUCUACUCUCCUUUUAUAAUGAAGUUCUCUUCGGUUGUCACGAGCGGGCUCGCAUCUUUCACAUUGGUCGCUGGCCUUCCGACUGUUUUGUCACCAAGUGAACAUUCUGUUCAACAAGUCCGAAAUCCAGUAUAUAAGCGCAAUGGAAUUGCAGCUCUCGGCAAGAUAUAUCGAAAGUACCAUAUCGACCUUCCGGAAUAUCUCGAAAACUCAGUACUCGCCCGUCGAGAUGGUACGGGCACCGUCGCCAACAGACCUAUCGAGAACAAUGCUGAGUGGUUAACACCAGUUCAAAUCGGCAACCCUCCAAGGACGUUCCAGAUGGAUCUCGAUACAGGAUCAUCGGAUCUUUGGGUAUAUGGUUCGAAAGCAGCUACUGCAGGCGGUAGCCGAAAUCGGUACAAUUCCUCCAAAUCAACGUCUUGUAAGGAGAUGGCCGGUGCAAAUUGGGUGAUUGAGUACGGUGAUGGAAGUGGCGCAUCGGGCCAUGUUGUGAAAGAUACAGUCUCCAUCGGUGGCCUUUCAGUGGAGGCUCAGGCUGUACAGGUCGCCGACAAGGUUCAUGAGUCUUUUGCUCAGCAGCAAGACUUGGACGGCCUUGUGGGACUGGGUUUCCGUUCCAUCAACACUAUCACUCCAAAGAAGCAAAAUACAUUCUUUGACAAUGCAAAGACGGAGCAAGGCACUGCAGUUUUCACAGCGGAUUUACAGCAUGAUGCUCCAGGUACAUAUACCUUUGGCGUAAUUAACAAGACGGCGUAUGAGGGAGAUCUUACGUAUACGGCUGUUGAUUCAUCAACGGGAAUGUGGACAUUCACUUCAACGGGAUAUGCCGUUGGAAAAGGCAAUUUCACCAAGACGCCCAUCACCGCCAUCGCCGACACAGGGACAUCACUCAUGUUCUUACCCGAACAAGUCAACAAGGCGUACUAUUCACAAAUCGACGGUGCCAAAGUCGACCAAACAGCGGGAGGCUACGUUUUCCCGUGCGACACGAAGAUGCCCGAUUUUUCGUUCUACGUGGGGGAUACGGGUAUCACAGUUCCGGGUUCAUACAUGAAUUUCGCACCGCUUGAGGGACCUGUUCCAGGGGAGAAGGAAGAGAAGAGGGAGGUUGGAACUUGUUAUGGUGGAUUGCAGUCAAGCGCGGGCGAUAUCAAUAUCUUUGGCGAUAUUGCGCUCAAGGCGGCUUUUGUGGUGUUUGAUGCGGAGAAGACGAGGAUUGGGUUUGCGAAGAAGACUCUGGUUGGAGUUGAGUAGGAAAAAGCUAUAGAUAUCACAACGAAUUACACUCUUUUAUUAUCCAUUCCAUACAUGAUGUCUUAUUCUGGCUGUGAAUAAUUGUUAUGCUAUCCUUGUUGAGCUCUGCACAACUGCACAGAGUCGAGUAUGCACACAAUCCAAGAAAUCGCGCACAAAGUUGAGUUGUGUGCGAUUCUCCACUUAUGCAGGGGCAUGACUUGCACUAAAUUCUCUCCAGUCUCUCUCCAGAUG